AUUUAAACACUUGCUUCCCUCCUUCACUAGCAAACUCAUUAGUCUCUUUCUCUCUUUUUUCUCUCUCAAUUACUUACCUUUUUUUUUAUAUCACUCUUUUUUUUUCUCAAGAUGAGUAGUAGAGGGUUGAGAGUUAAAGCCAUUGUGCUUCUCCUCAUCUUUGUGUUUCUUAUGUUAUGUUCUAACUUUAAUACAUGCAAUGCAAGGAGAGGUAAGCAUUGGAGAACAAAGAAGAGUAGUAGUAGUUCUUCUUCUUCUUCUUUUGCUCAAAAGAAAGGGAAGUCUAAAGCAAAAGGUGGUAGCCACCACCAUGAUGGUAAUUCAUCUAAACAAAAGCCGAAGCCCGACGUCGAAUACCCAUCACCUCCGGCUUCGUUAAGUUCAUCGGUUUUCAAUGUACUUGAUUUCGGUGCAAAAGGAGAUGGCCUUACCGAUGAUACUAAGGCAUUUCAAGCUGCAUGGGCGGCUUCUUGUAAAGUUGAGGCAUCGACGAUGAUCAUACCUUCUGAAUUAGAGUUUUUAGUAGGACCGAUUUCAUUCUCCGGACCUUAUUGUCAACCAAACAUUGUAUUUCAGUUGGAUGGGAAGAUCAUUGCACCAACAAACCCAAAAGCUUGGGGUUCAGGCCUGUUACAAUGGCUAGAGUUCACAAAACUGAGAGGAAUAACAAUUAGAGGCAAUGGCAUCAUUGAAGGGCAGGGUAGUGUUUGGUGGACAAACACUCCAUUUGAAGAUGAUCCUGUGGCAAUAGAAUUGAACAAGAAGAUGCCAAGCAUCAAACCAACUGCUUUGAGGUUCUAUGGAAGCACGAAUGUUACCGUCACCGGAAUCACCAUUCAGAACAGCCCUCAAUGCCAUCUUAAAUUUGAUAACUGCGAGUCCGUUCUCGUCUACAACAUGACUGUUUCAUCCCCCGGCGACAGUCUUAAUACUGACGGAAUCCAUUUGCAGAAUUCCAGAGGUGUUACCAUACAUCACACCGAUUUGGGUUGCGGGGACGAUUGCAUCUCAAUCCAAACAGGUUGCUCCAAUGUCUACAUUCACAACGUAAAUUGUGGGCCCGGACACGGGAUCAGCAUCGGAGGACUUGGAAGGGACAAUACCAAGGCAUGUGUCUCCAACAUCACAGUGCAGUACAUCAACAUGCAUGAUACCAUGAACGGUGUCAGAAUCAAGACCUGGCAGGGAGGAUCAGGUUCUGUGCAGAAUGUUAGGUUCUCAAACAUCGAUGUCUCUGAGGUUCAAACACCUAUUAUCAUUGAUCAGUUCUAUUGUGAUAAAAGCACUUGCAAGAACCAAACAUCAGCUGUGGCAUUGUCAGGCAUAAAAUACGAGAAUAUUAAAGGAACAUACACGGUCAAGCCGGUGCAUUUUGCAUGCAGUGAUAGCAUACCUUGCUCAGACAUAAGCCUGACUCAAGUGGAACUCAGACCUCUGCAAGAAAAAUACCACAUGUAUGAUCCGUUUUGCUGGAAGACAUACGGGGAAUUGUACACUGAGACUAUUCCUCCAAUCUAUUGCUUAGAGGGUGGGAAGCCAACAAGUAACAAGAUCUUAUCUGACCAUGAUUUAUGUUGAGAGUUCCUUCAUCCAAGGGUACAUUAUGUAGAUGUUUGUGUGGUCGUAGUGAUUCUUCCGACCCCUUCACACCCUUGCUUUGCAGUAUGUACAUAAAUACUGCAAGAGCAUAUAACUUAGAAAGUCAAGACAUUUUUAUUUUCCAUCUGAGGGGGUAUACACAUAUUUCAGUUCCUAGGUUCAGCGUCUCUGUAGUUAUUUGUACCUUGAUUCAGUUAUUAUCGGUUCCCCGUGUUUUAGUUAAGCAUUACUACCCCUAGAAUAAUCAAUUCCUGGUUUCAAAGCA